UGAUUCGUAGAUUCGCACGAGUCUCCGUCAGUCUCCGUUUAUUUAUCGUUAUGAGACAGUCACAAUGUUCUAAUGUACUCGUGCUCGUCAUCGGUACAUGAUCGAUUGAACACUUGUGAUCGUAUGUAUACAGUUUGUUUUUGUACGAAUUUUUUUAAUGACGACAACCACAAUUUGAAAGGAAAUUAACGUGAUCGUCGCUGACUCAUGGCUUUACGUAUGAUGUCAGCAAUAGUGCCAAGCGCGCAUAAUGCAUUAGAUCCUAAUCAGAACUAUGAUCAUCCCACAGAACGGCGAAAGCUGUUGGAAGAUUUAUUAGCUGCUGCUAAAAAGUGUCACAUCAGAUUCUGUGGGCGUACCGAGCUGGCUACUGAGUCAGAUAUAUGUGUCAGACAACUGUGCCAUAUAUUUGAAUCGAUCUUCAGCCAUGGAUUGCGUACAAACUGCAUUGAUAAAAUUAAUUUAGCUUUAAGGCACGUUUCAGACAUAGUAUCUGGUAGUAGCAUAAAAUCAGGCAGCGUGUCGGAUGCUGCGUUUUGGCCGUGUAUAAAAGAACAAUUAACGUGGCAUGAACAAGAACGUUUUAGUGUGUUGAAGAAAGUUCACACGGAUCACGGAAAAGGCAGAGCGUGGCUCCGAGCCGUUUUAAACGAGCGAUCUUUAGAACGUCAUUUACAUGCUAUACUCGAUCCUUCCGUACUGUCUCCAUUUUACGAGGAUUGGGCGUUUUUACUUGAUCAAGAGAAGAGUGCCGUACUGCCAAAUGUAGCAGCAGGACUUGGUAGCAUUUUAUUUGCGAUUAGGAUAGACAACGAGGAAUUGGAUAAUAAUUUAAAAAGCAAGGAAAUAGAGAAGCGAAAGGUUUCCUUGUCAGAACCAAUUAUAUCUUCCACGAUACCAGGACCUACUCCGAAACAAAAACAAAGGAGGAAAGUGCCAACGCAUAUAAUUUCGUUUGACAAUGAUAGCGAGGAGGAUAAAGAAGGAAAUGCGAAAACUUCAGUUAGCGCUCCUCCUAGUUGUCUCAAUAUCCCUGUCCCAGCAACGAGUACAACCGAAGAUAAAGGACCUACUUCACUUUUACCUUCGAUUUGUCCCGAUUCUCCCACAGUAAUGUCGAUGAAGACGUCACCCACCCCGUCGAUUACACAAUCUCAUACAGAGUCGAAUGACGCUAAUGUCGCGGUAGAUAAAGUCACUUCCGAGUGGGAAAAUGAGACUUUCGAGGAGGAAAAAGUAUUAACCCCCGUUACGAAUUCCGAAAAUAUGGUCGGACUGGUUCCUGUUUCGCCUUUAGAUCAAACGUUGGACGACAUGUUGAUCGCGUUACCAAAUUAUUUAGAUGAUACGUCCGAGGUCGCUGAACCCGCGCUGGAAGCUACGGAGCCCCUUGCAGAUUUAUAUAAUAAUACGGAUCCGGAUGAUUUAGAUAUCGAGGCAUUACGAGUAAGAUUCUUAGCUGUGACUGAAGUGUUAGAGCAAGCUAAAGAGGAUGCUAUGACUAGCAGAAUGCAACUUGCUCGUUUGCAAAGACAACAUCAGAAUUAUCUCGAGAGGCACGAGUUGCAAAUACAGGCAUUAAACAGGGAGAAUGAACUGUUGAGGCAACAGUUGCGUAAAUACGUGACGGCAGUACAAAUGUUAAGGAGAGAAUCCGAUUCUACUACGGUUUCCGAGGAGGAGGAGGAUCCGUCGUUAGAUUAUCAUUACGAAGCUCGACAGUACGAAGAAAAAUUGAUUCAAGUCGCGGAUAUGCACGCGGAACUAAUGGAGUUCAAUGCUAGAUUAACUUUACAGUUGAACGACAGGGACAGAUUAGUUAAGUUGCUGCAAGCUGAGUUAGAAUGUCUUCGCGGUCCUUUGAACGAGGACGAUUUACCGUCUGAACCGCCAUGUCUCAUACACAUAUGGAUCCCAUCCGCGUUUCUCACAGGCCAGCCCUCCGAUAUUCAUCACGUUUAUCAGAUAUACGUGCGUAUCAGAGAUACCGAGUGGAAUAUAUACAGACGAUACGCACAGUUUCACGCGUUCUACAGGGAGUUAAAAAAGUACGACUCGAUCGUCACCACUUUCGAAUUUCCACCGAAGAAGACAAUAGGAAAUAAGGACGCCAAGUUCGUCGAGGAACGACGGCAAAAGUUGCAGCAGUGGUUGAGACGAGUCGUUGGUAGAUUGGCGCAAUGUUCUCCAGCGUUUACGUCCCGACCAAACAGACAAACGCUUAUUUCUUUAAUGCCUUUCUUCGGCGAUAACCCUAAUACCGAGGAUUCGAGGAGUAAAAGUAACACACACUCAACGAGAAACACAUUCUCUUCUUCCCCUCAAUACAUGGGUUUGUAAUCAUGAACGAUUUUUAUAGACAAUUUGUACAUAACAAGAACUUUUUAAUAUUUUAAUGCAAUAUAUAAAAGUAAUUAUUUCUUGCUCUAUAUAUGUAUAUAUAUGUAUAUUAUUAUACAUAUUGUUGAGAAACUGGAGCGACGAGCGUAGAGUGGCGCGUAGUAAAAUUUGGCAAAUUGAAAAUCGUUAUAAUCCCUUUUACAGAUGUACGUAUUAUUUUCGUACAAACAUUUUGCGUGCUAUCGAUUCGUCGUUCAAAGAGAAAGAUUUCUAGUUCUAUUUUUUUCAAUCAAGACAAAAGAUAUAUGUAUGUAUAUGCAUCUCUUGUAUAUUAUAUAUAAAUUUGUUAUAUAUCUUGUAUCGUAAAAAUGGACAUGUUGAAAACAUUGUUUAACACGUAUUGUAAAAUAAAAAGAAGUGUACAUAAGGUGAUCGGUUAAUUGAUUGAAAAUAAAAAUAGAGAUUAAUGAUGAAAACCAAGGCUACUCAGCAAGUUUGUUGAUAACAGUUGAGAAUCGUAAGAGGCAGCGUUGAAUCUCGUUUUCUAAAAAUUUUAUUCAUGUAAGGCGCCUUAACAGUAAUAUAAAAAGGUACACUUUUUCCAUUUAUACUUUAUAAUAAAAAUAAAAGUGCAUAUUGUUAUUGGAACAAGUA